AUGAAGAAGGAAGAGGAAGGGGAAGAAGGAAGAAGAAAGAAAAGUGAAGAAGAGGAAAGAAGAAGAAGGAAGAGGAGGAGGAAGAAGAAGGGGAAGAAGAAGAAGAGGAAGAAGGGGAAGAAGAGGAAUAAGGGGAAGAACAGGAAGAACAGGAAAAAGGGGAAGAAGGGGAAGAAGAGGAAGAAGAGGAAGAAGAGGAAGAAGGGGAAGAAGGGGGAGAAGGGGAAGAAGAGGAAGAAGGGAAGAAGAGGAAGAAGAGGAAGAAGGGGAAGAAGGAGAAGAAGAGGAAGAAGGGGAAGAACAGGAAGAAGUGGAAGAACAGGAAGAAGAGGAAGAAGGGGAAGAAGAGGAAGAAGGGAAGAAGAGGAAGAAGAGGAAGAAGGGGAAGAAGGAGAAGAAGAGGAAGAAGGGGAAGAACAGGAAGAAGUGGAAGAACAGGAAGAAGAGGAAGAAGGGGAAGAAGGGGGAGAAGGGGAAGAAGAGGAAGAAGAGGAAUAA